AUGAUAAGUGUGUUUUGUGGUAUUGAGGCUGAGACUAGAGAUCACUUGUUCUUUGAUUGUGGUUUUGCGAGGGAGUUGCGGGGUGAUAUCCUUACUUUGUGUGGUGUAAUGCGAAGAGUUAGCAGCUGGGAUAGGGAGUUGGCAUGGGCUGUUCAUUGUUUUAAAGGGAAAUCUCUCCUUGUGAGGGUGUUUAAGCUUGUUUGGGCUGGUCAUGUGUAUGGCAUUUGGAAGGAGAGAAAUAGUAGAUUUUUUGGGGGCAAAGUUAGACUGGUGGGGGAUGUGUUGAAGGACAUCAAAGAAGCUGUUCAGAUUUGGCUGAAAGGUUUAGCUAUCAGCAGCAGAGUUGAUCUGAGAAACAACUCCCUCUGUGUGAAUUGGGGUAUUGCUUAA